AUGAAGCGCAAGCUGAGUAACGACGGAAUACUGAUAUGGCAAGGAAAGGACAAGAAGAUCGACGAAUCCCAAGUCGGUGAGCACCAGGGACCUGGAUCAUUCGACUAUGAUCUCGUAAUUAUGUUAUCCAACGUAUGCCCUAUGGGUCGCUUACGAUAUCAGUGUCCGGCGUUGCCUUUAAGAACAAGAUCGACUCCGGAGUUCAGCUUGGUGUUAGAUUUGGAUGAAACAUUGGUUCACUGCAGUCUCAACCCAUUACCUGAUGCAUCUAUCAUAUUCCCUGUUCAUUUCCAAAAUAACACCUAUCAAGUGUACGUUCGAAUAAGACCCCAUUUACUCACUUUUUUGGAACGCUUAGCGGAAAAGUACGAAAUUAUUUUAUUUACGGCAAGCAAAAGAAUAUAUGCUGAUAAAUUAAUGAACCUUCUUGAUCCCAAAAAAAGGCUAGUUAGGCAUAGGCUUUUUCGUGAACAUUGCGUAUAUGUUUACGGAAACUACAUCAAAGACUUGUCUAUACUUGGAAGAGAUUUAAGCCGAACUGUAAUAAUAGACAAUGCCCCCCAAUCCUUUGCCUAUCAAAUUGACAACGGCAUUCCUAUUGAGAGUUGGUUUCAAGAAAAAGAUGAUACUGAGCUAUUAAAACUACUCCCCUUACUAGAAAGCAUUCCUAAUGAGAGACGAGACGUACGUGAAAUAUUAAGAGAAAAGUAUGGAAUUCGUGACUUGUUAGCGAAUCAAGCCGAGUAUCGCCCGUCCAGCCCUCUAUGCACAUCAGCGUAA